CAGAGACGACCGAGAAAAAGAAAUAAAAAAUUUCGAGAAAACGGUUGAAAGACUAUUAAAUACUAUAACUAUAGAUAAUGAGCGUUCAAAUAUCCUCAGAGAAUUUGGAAUCGUAAAUAAUCAAUUACAUAUAAAGAAAGUAGAACUGACCUGGGGAAUAGAUGCAAAAAGUAACUUUGAUUCGUUAAAAUGUGAUGUACAUAAGCUUGUAUUAUCAAAUAAUUAUGACGAAAAACUCAUGUGGAAAGAAGUAUAUAUAGUUAAUGGUAGAAUUAAUGUUAUACCUA